AUGCCUGGCUCGCAUAUGAAAUUUGGAGACCACAAAUGGGUCUAUAUUUUCGGCAUGAUAUCGGCCCUGGGGGCACUGGUGUUUGGCUACGACAACACCUACUAUAGUGGCAUCCUGGACAUGCAGGAGUACAAGAACCACUAUGGGAACCAUUAUGAUUCCGACGGCAAGAAGGCGCUGGCCACCUCAUUCACCUCGCUGACCACCUCCUCCAUCUACAUUGGCGAUCUGCUCGGCGCCUUGCUGGCCGCCCCCGUCAACGAGCGAUGGGGCCGCAAGAAGACGUUUUUGCUGGCCGCCUGCUGCGUCAUGGCCGGUGGACUGGCCCAGGUGGCCGACACCCACUACGAGGCCGUGAUUGUCAUCGGCCGUAUCUUGAUCGGUCUAGGCAUCGGUCAGUUCACAGUGACCUCGCUGCUGUACAUAGGCGAGAUUGCCCCGGUGUCCAUCCGUGGGCCCGUGCUGCUCAUGUACCAAUUUCUACAGUCCAUCUCCCAGUUGGUGGCGUCGGGCAUCACCCAGGGCACUGAGGGGGUGAAAUCGACGCUGUCGUACAAGCUGCCCAUGGGUGGCCUCCUCAUCCUGCCGCUGAUCAUCCUCCUCUUCCUCCCCUUUGUGCCCGAGAGCCCCGUGUGGUACGUGCGCAAGGGCCGCCGUGAAGCUGCGGCCAAGUCGCUGGCGCGCAUCCACCAGAACAAGGACGGGUACGACCCGACGGACGACCUGAACGUGCUGGAGGCGGCCAACCGGUUCGAGGAGGAGCAGCAGCAGGCGUCGUCGUGGUCAGCGCUGCUGUUCGACCCCGUGGAGCGCCGCAAGCUGAUCUGGUCGUCCGGCGGCAUGUUCGCCCAGCAGAUCUGCGGCAUCAUUUUCUUCUACAACUACGGCGUCGUCUUCGCCGCCGACAUCGGCAUGAGCGACCCUUACCUGGUCACCCUCAUCACCAACAUCCUGCAGGUCUUCGCCGUGGCCGCCUCGGUGCUGACGGGCAACAAGAUCCGCCGCCGCACCAACCUGCUGGUGACCACGCUCACAAUCCAGGUCGCCUUCCUGGUUAUCGGCGGCAUCGGAACCCAGGGCACCAUCUCCCAAGGGUCCAAGUACGUCAUCGUCGUUUUCUCCUACGUCGUCAUCGUCGCCUACAACUUCGGUCUGGGGCCCCUGACCUACAUGACCGGUCGCGAGUACGCCGUGGGCGUCAACCAGAACAAGAUCAUGUCCGUCUCCGUCGUCGUCCUCUACUUCAGCGUCUGGGCCGUCUCCUUCACCGCCCCGUACCUCUACACCACCGCCGGGCUGGGCCCCAUGCUCGGCUUCGUCUACGCAGGCACCUCUUUCUUCUCCCUUGCCUGGGUCUGGUUCUGCGUCGCGGAGACAAAGGACCGCACCCGCGUCGAGAUCGCACAGUUCUUCACAGACGGCAUCCCGGCUCGCAAAUGGCGCACCCAUGUCUUCACCGAUCUUCCGGGCUAUGUGGCUACCGACAAGGCCGGCCUCGAAGCUGAAGAUAUUCAAAUCGAGGAUGUCAAGGCGUAA